GUGUCGGUGCGGACCGCGGUGGGAGCAGCCGCCAUGGAGGAACCCGCGGCGCACAACGGCAGCGCCGCCGGGGCCGCGCCCGGGGCUGGGACCCCUGCCCGCCCGCCCGCUACCCCCGAGGGCAUGGCGCUGGCCUACGGCAGCCUCGUCCUCAUGGCGCUGCUGCCCAUCUUCUUCGGGGCGCUGCGCUCCGUCAGCUGCGCCAAGAGCAAGAACUCCUCGGAGAUGCCAGAGACCAUUACCAGUCGAGACGCUGCUCGCUUUCCCAUUGUUGCCAGUUGCACCCUCCUAGGGCUCUACCUCUUCUUUAAAAUAUUCUCUCAAGAGUACAUCAAUCUUCUGCUUUCCAUGUAUUUCUUUGUGCUGGGGAUCCUGGCCCUGUCCCAUACUAUCAGCCCCAUGAUGAACAGAUUCUUCCCUGCAAAUUUCCCCAACAAACAGUACCAGCUCCUCUUCACCCAGGGCUCCGGGGAGAGCAAGGAGGAAAUAGUGAAUUAUGAGUUUGACACCAAGGAUCUCGUGUGCCUGGCCUUGAGCAGUGUUGUGGGGGUCUGGUACCUGCUGAGGAAGCACUGGAUUGCCAACAAUCUCUUCGGGCUGGCAUUCUCCCUCAACGGGGUGGAGCUGCUGCACCUGAACAAUGUCAGCACUGGCUGCAUCUUGCUUGGGGGCCUCUUCAUCUACGAUGUCUUCUGGGUUUUUGGCACCAAUGUGAUGGUGACAGUUGCCAAAUCAUUCGAGGCCCCAAUAAAACUGGUUUUCCCUCAGGACCUGCUGGAGAAGGGGCUGGAUGCCGAUAACUUCGCCAUGCUGGGACUGGGAGACAUCGUCAUUCCGGGGAUCUUCAUUGCCUUGCUGCUGCGGUUUGAUAUCAGCCUGAAGAAGAACACGCACACGUAUUUCUACACCAGCUUUGUGGCCUACAUCUUUGGGCUGGGCCUCACCAUAUUCAUCAUGCACAUCUUCAAGCAUGCCCAGCCUGCGCUGCUGUACCUGGUCCCCGCCUGCAUUGGAUUCCCGCUUCUCGUGGCCUUGGCAAAGGGAGAAGUAACCGAAAUGUUCAGGUUCUGGCUGCGUGGCUCUGCUCAUGCCAGUGGGAGCUGCCUCAUCUCCGAGUUUCAGUGCUUACUUUUCCAUGCUGCAGCCCUGUCCUGGAGUCUGCAGGCAAGGAGAGGCCAGCGGGUGCGAGCAGCCUGGCUGAUUCCAUGCAGCAGAAACUGUCCUGUCCCCGCCGACGCCGGCAGCAGAGCCCUAGUGCCAUGUAGCCACUGCCGCCGGGGCCCCUGUCUGUCGCUCUGGCCAGGUAGGGGCAGGUCCUGGCUCUUCCUGGCCCAAGCUCUCCCUAUUCCCAGCUCUCCUCACUCGGUGGGCAGAGGCUGGAGCUGUUGCUGCGUUGCUGUGGGCCAGCUUCUCUCCCAUUCUGAGAGAGGAGACUGGGAAGGGCAAGAUUUGACAUCCCAGACCUUGCCCUUUCUGCUUAGAGCAGCAAUCCCAUUUCCUUAGGCAGAGCCCUGGGGCCACUGCUGGAGGGGAUUUGCAGCCAGAGGAGUGAGACUUUGGGAGGGAGCACUGCUGUUGGUCUUGCUGCAGUUCCCUUUUUAACCAGCCCUGCUGGCACCAGUGCUUAGCCAAGGAAAGCAUGUGCUAUCCAGAAUAUCCAGUAGUGCUCUUGGGAACAAGGACAGAUGCCCGGGCACAGAGCUGGCCCCUGACUGGGUCCCCCCUAUCCUUGGACAUAUCUGGGGGGGAUGCAUCCCUCCUCUC